UCACUGCACAUCUCUAGCUGCACAAGCCAAAUUUUUUAUUUUCCCUUGCAGAGAUUCACGUUUUUCCCCAAAAAAUUUGACCCACAGAACAAUGGAAACCACGAGCUCUAGUCCGAUAAAGCCCAGGCGAAAAGACAAGGACGAAGAUGGCCACGCAGUGGAGAAGGAGGAGGAGCAGGACAACAAAGACCUGGUGGGCGAACCGCACAGGAAACUCCAGCGACUGGGUGACACUCCCGAGGCGAAGGAAGUGCUCCUCAACGAGGCCUACCAGCAGCCAAAGCUCACAAAGUGGCUGCAGACCGCCUGGACGACGAGCCAGGGAAGCAAGGAGGCCCAGACCGGCGCGCAGGUCUUUGCCGAUCCCUUCCAGAUCUGCCUGCUGCCCGGCCUGCUGGAACAGGGCCAGAGCCAGGCGCUCGUGGCCGAGAUUAUCCAGAAGGUGCAGUGGUCGCGCAAGCAGAUGGACCUGUACGAAUUCUACCAGAGCUCCGACCUCUCCAACAUGCCCACAUGCCCGCUGCUCACGAACUUCCUGCAGGUGCUGCGCAAACAAGUACGUCCCUGGCUGGAGAAGGUCACAAACCUCAAGUUGGACUACGUUUCCGCCUCAUGCAGCAUGUAUACCUGCGGCGACUAUCUGCUCGUGCACGACGACCUGCUGAAGGACCGCCAGGUGGCCUUCAUCUACUACCUUUCCCCCUGGGAAGGAGCGGAGGAGUGGUCGGAGUCGCAAGGCGGCUGUCUGGAGAUCUUCGGCAGCGACGAUCAGUGCUUCCCCCAGUUUCCGGUGCAGCGGAAGAUCGCCCCCAAGGACAACCAGUUCGCCUUCUUCAAGGUGGGCUCGCGCUCCUUUCACCAGGUGGGCGAGGUGACCACAUUCGACUACCCGCGUCUCACGAUCAAUGGCUGGUUUCACGGCGAGACGAACGAGGCCUUCGUCGCGGACUCCAUGCGCGCCUUUCCCCGCCUUAACUACCUGCAACCGGAUAGCCUCAAUAAGCCGCUCCUGGGACUUUUCCUGAACAACGUAUAUCUGAAGAGCGCCACACGCCGCAGCAUCCAAAAACGGAUCGAAGAGAACUCGGAAAUCUGUCUGUACGAAUUCUUCAAGCGGGAGAAGUUCGAGUUGGCCCGGUCCCAGCUGCUGGCGGAUUCGGACACACUGAAGUGGCGGAGACAGGGACCCGCCAAUGCGCACAACUACGAGGUUCUGGAUCUGACGACCGCCAGAGGCACCAUCCUCGAACUGCUGCAGCUGUUCCGCAGCCAUGCCAUGUUCGCCUUGCUGCGGGAUUUCACCGAUUUGGAUUUGGCUGGCGCCGAUGCCCAGAUGCCCACGUGCAGCGUGGAGCUGCAGCGCUGGUCACACGGCAACUACACAGUGCUGGGCGACGGGCUGGCCAGCGAGGAGAACACUUUGGACCUGGUCUACUACCUGAAUGCGGCGGAAGGGGCGGCAGUGAUCACAUACCUCUCGCCCGACUCCGAAUUGCCGGCGGCGAAGGCACCAGCAAAUGGCAGGAGAUCGGACUACGAUGGCGAGGAGGAGGAUGAGUCCGUGCUGCUCACCAUUACGCCCGUGGACAACGCCCUUAAUAUAGUCUACCGGUGCGAGGGCACCACCAAGUUCACCAAAUACGUGUCGCGUAACACGCCCCUGGACAAGGGACCUGUUUUUGUUAUUUCCUGCAGCUACAAGGAGUAGAAUGUGACUUUGGUUUACAAAAUGCGCACAAUUACUACUCAAGGACUAUCAACAUUCAUACCGUUCUACUGUACAGAAACUAAUUUACAUAAUAAAACGUAUAUAAAACAUAAAAA